CAUCUCCAAACAGAUUCACUUGAACCAGGAACGGAUGAUGGAUGCAAGCUCUAAAUCCAAACUAAAAUGACAGGUAUGGUCAGCAAUGAAGUUGGUGUAGACAGGCUGAGCCCUCAGCUAGACUGUUCUCAGUCUAUUUUUACCCCAGUGUCAUUUUGCUGAUUUAAUGUGGUUAUUCCACAGUGGUACCAGUGAAAGUGAUGGCAGAACCAGUCCUACACUUUCUCCUGCGAACUUGAGUGUGUAGUUCCUUUGUUAUCAACUCAUGUGGUAAAGCAGAGGAGCAAGAUUCAUGGCUCUACCAGUCAACAGUGAAAGUGCAGAGUUUGCAUAUGAACCAGCAUGCAUCCCAUCAUCCUGAUGAUUCUUUUUGGCCUUACUGUUGAGCAGACAACAUCCCUUUGUGCUCCCACGGAGUACAUCAUCCACGUGGAGAAAAGAGAGUGCGCCUACUGCCUGGCCAUCAACACCACCGUCUGUGCUGGAUACUGCAUGACCCGGGACAGCAAUGGAAAGAAGCUGCUCCUCCAAAGUGCCUUAUCCCAGAAUGUGUGCAUGUACAAGGACCUGGUGUACCAGACAGUGCGGAUCCCAGGCUGUUCCAGUCACACGGUCCCCUUUUACUCCUACCCGGUGGCAGUGAGCUGCAAGUGUGGGAAGUGCAACACCGACUACAGUGACUGUGUUCAGGAAGCCAUCAAAGCAAACUACUGCACCAAACCACAGAAGCCCUCUAACAUGUAAGUGUCUAACUUCACGAGGCAGCAGUGUAUACUGUGCCGCACAGCUAAUUACUGGCUGCCUGCCUGCCUGCCUGUAAAAAGAACAUGAAUAA